AUGUAAGCUCAACCAACAUAGCCAUCUAUUACUACCAGUGCAGGACCCAGAGAUCCAUAGUGGGUAGAUAGACUCAAAGAGGAAUAUACAGCCUUGAUCAAUUACAUAAAAAACAAUAAAAGCGAAGAUAAUGAUUGGGUUAAAUUGGAACCAGCAAAUAAAGAAUGCACCAAUUGGAAAGGGAAAUGUUGGGUUGUCCACAAUUUGAUUCGUUAUGAAUUUGAUUUUUAAUUUGAAAUUCCUCCCACAUACCCAUUAGCACCAAUUGAAAUUGAAAUCCCAUCAUUAGAUGGUUUGACACCCAAAAUGUACAGAGGUGGCAAGAUCUGCAUUGAUAUUCACUUUGCUCCUCUAUGGCAAAAAAACGCACCCAAAUUUGGAAUAGUCCACGCUUUACAAUUAGCUUUGGCACCUUGGCUGGCAGCUGAAAUUCCAGUGUUGAUUGAGGAAGGCAAGAUUAAAAAGGAUUGA